AUGUCUUCUCUCAGUUCCGAGCAGAUGGCCGGUGACGCCGUGUCUAUCCUUGAUGAAGCUGCGCCGGAUCUUGUCUGUGGUGCUGCGUCUAUUCCUGAUGCUGAUUGCGGUGUUGAUCGCAAGGCUAAGGUUGAAGAUGACUACGAGGAUGAGCACCAAGAGAAUCAGGAUGACGAUCCGAACGAUGAGCCGAAUGAUGAGCCAAGCGAUGGUCCCGAUGACCAGGACCGCUGUGACGAGCCGACCGAUGCUCCUGAUGCUCAGACCGAUGCUCAGCUCGACGACGAGCAACCCGAUGAGUCCACCGAUCAGACCGAAACCACCGAUACUCAGCCCGACGCUCAGGACAGCGACGAGAACGACGACCCGCCCAACGAACCCGCAGCCGCCCCCCACAACGAGUACAACUUCCUCCAUGAAGCCGAAGCCUGGCGCAUUCACAUCCAGCAAGAAUGGCUCGCCCACGGCGGGAUCCUGCGCUGGACCACCCACCGCGUGCUACCAGCGGCCGGCGCUCUCGCGCAGUCCGCCCUGCUCUCGACGCCCGCCAUGUACAUCCUGCACUUGGUGCACCUCACGUCGUACCUGACGGGCAGCAGCCCGGCCGGCUCGGCGGCUUGGCCGCUGCGCUUCCGGUUCACCGACCAACUGACCGAGCUGGAGUGGAUGGGCGCCCUCCUCUGCGUGCUGGGCGUCUGGCACCAGUACCUCUUUACGGCCAUCUUCCAGGGCCACCGGACGACGCGGGCGCGCGCCGCCCGGUACCUGGACGUGCUCGGCCUGGUCUCGUGUCUGUUCUGCCUGCCCGGGCUGAACGGCUGGGCCGUCGGCCAGAUGUACGGGCUGACGUUCGCGGUGCUGCACCUCCUUCUGCUGGGCCUGUUGGGGCUGUAUGAUUCCGCGGUCGGGGCGAGAGACUGGGCCCGUCGGGGGUUGGGGCUGCGCGAGGAGGUCGCGGUUGAUUUUGUUUAUAGUGGUGACGACGAUGGUCGGGAUGCGGAUGUUGUUGUUCUUGCUUUGGAUGGAGAUGAUGAUGAUGACGAUGAUGCUGCGCAUGAAAUGGCGGCGCUGCUUGGUCUCUAUUACUUGCCCUAG